GACCUCGCAGUGAUGUCGCCGACCACUACCAGGGGACAAAGAUUGUUGUGCAUCCACAGUGUCUCGUGCUGAACGGUGGGCCCGAGGGUUCCCAUAUUCUUCGUUCCAGGAGUGCAUAAAAUCGCCCUUGGAAGUGCCGCCCGCGAGGAAAACGACAGUCUGAAGCGAAGCGUGGGCGUUUUUGUGUGUGCAGAGACCAGGAACGCGCGCUGUCGAACAGCGUGUAUGUGUCCAGCGCUGGACCUCUCGCAAAGCGCUGUUUCUUCCAGCUCCGGUCGCUCGUUCUUCAGAGAGCGCCCCCCAGGAACCUAGAUUGUGUCCAGCCACAUCAGGGGGAUGCUGUGCGCGUCAUCUCUCUACAGACAGUUUACGACGACGCAUUCAUGCCAUACGGGUGCUACACGAAAGUGAACAAACCACGUGAGAGAGUGAGCGCAACUGACGGAGGGACACUCCGUCGUGGACGUCCGGCCGAAAGACCACAGUGCCUGAACAAACAUUUGAUAUUCACUUUUUCUCAGUGUUUGCGAAUUGUUGGCGUUUGAAGUAAGCGCGGUAUUUAUUUCAUCGGGUAACCGUACAUCGUCGAGCGAGGAAAGAUUCCGUCAACGAGCGAGACAGCCGGCCGACGAGUUGAAACCAACAGCUCGUGCUCUCCGCGAAACACGAGACCCCCCCUGGAGAGAUAAGAGGCCGACGCGCAGUACCCGCUACUUUCGUAACGCAGUGCCUGGCCUUAUAGCAUCAGCGCUUGGUGGAACAAGGAACUGAGCAUUACGGCUGGCAACCCAGUUUGCCCCGAAGUGGCUCGCCAACUGUGGUCUUGUGACUGUGUUCGUUGGACAUUGGCGAAGAUGGAGUUAUCCAGCGCCCGAGGGCUCUGUUGGAUCUUUUGGAUAUGCAUGGUCAUCUGUGUGCCUGGAACGCACAGCUGUAUUGUCACGGCACCCAACGUUGUUCGGCUAGGUACCGAGGAAACUGCAGUGGUCUUCAACCGGGGAUCACCGCGGGACGUCACGUUAAUCCUCCAGGAUUAUCCCGCUCGAAUACACACCCUUUUCCGAGACACCAUCAGCCUCGGCACAGGGGAGUCCCGCACGGUGCGCAUGCCGAUCGACCCCCACAAGUUGAGCGCCGACGAGAUCCGAUCGGGCCAGCGGCGCUAUGUGUCUCUGGUCGUCGAGUGCUACGGUCUGUACAGGAAGGAGGCCCGGUUACUCGUCAGCGACAAGAGCGGCUAUCUGCUCCUCCAGAGCGACAAGCCCAUCUACACGCCCAAGCAGACCGUUAAUUUGCGAAUGAUUGCCGUCGGCGAAGACUUGGUGCCAUCCAUCGGGGACCUAAAGCUGGAGAUUAAGAACCCGCAGAACAUCGUCACGUACCAGACGGUGCUUAGUGCGAAGGACAACGCCUCGUCGACGGGGAUGUUCAGCCAUUCGUACACUUUCCCGGAAUCGCCGAUCCUCGGCCAAUGGAAGGCCGUCGUCACGUACGGAUCAUACUUCACCCAAGAAACCGAGAUCACUUUCGAGCUUCAAGAAUAUGUGUUGCCCACAUUCUCGGUCACGCUUACCGUUCCCAGCGUCAUCCUCACGGAGCAAGACUACGUGGAAGGCAAAGUUGAGGCCAAAUACGUCUACGGAAAACCCGUCGAAGGCUCAGCAACUUUCCGUUUCAAGGUCAGAAACGAAGGUGGCAAAGACCGAGAAAUCGGCUCAACAAACUUCAAGGACCUGUUUCGUGGCGAAGCGACCUUCCGCAUAGCGACCGAGGAGCUCAAGAUGCCUCGGCGCAAGCGGUGGAGUCCUCUCGUGCACGGCAACCGGCUCGUCGUGGAAGUCGACGUGCUCGACAAGGCGACCAGCAAGCGUGUCACGGCCGUGGACGACUCCGCCGUCUUUGCAGCCUCUCCGUACCUGGUGGGCUUCCGGAACACACCCAAGGACUUCAAGCCGGGCACCAUGACGGUCAUUGUGGCUGAUGUGAAGACCCUGAACGGCAAGCCCGCUGUUGGGAUCCCAUGUGAGAUCACUGUUCUGGAUGACCAGGAACUCGAUGUUCCGGUUCAGCCAACCCAAUCCAUCACAGACGCCUCGGGAAGGGCCGCCUUCCUGGUGCAGACUGAACGGCACCACUCUACGAUUAAAGCCAAGGUCCAAACAAGGGACUCUAAAUACAGGCCUCACCAGCAGUCGGAAGGAAACAUUGCAGUUGAGGCGUUCAAUUCACCCUCGCACGCUUUCGUGGCGUUGAAGCGCAUUGACACAAGAAAAUCGUUCAAGGUUGGCGAAUACUUCGAUACUCGCGUGACAACCGAGCCGGCGGACAUCUCACCAGUUUAUUAUCUCGUAACGAACCGCGGCCAGACGAAGCAGCACGGCAUUCUGGAAGGCAGCGGCAGCUCGUGGCCGCGUCGAUCCGUGAACUUUGCGGUGACACGGGACAUGAGCCCCACAAUUCGGGUUCUCGUGUACGCCUUCCACCGGGGCCACCUGCUCGCCGACUCACUCACCAUCCAGGUCGAGGAAGUUUGCUCGGAGUCGUCCACCAUAAACAUUGAACCCAACUUCAACAACGACGAGCCGGGCAGCAACGGCUCCUUGAAGAUCCUGGGAAAGAGCGGGACGCGGGUCGGUAUUCUUGGCGUAGACAAGGCCGUGUACGUCCUCAACAACAAGGGUCUGCUCACGCGGGAGAAGCUAUUCUCGACUCUGAAGUCGCACGAGCUUGGGUGUGGGCCUGGAGGCGGGCUGUCGUCCGAGGAAGUCAUCUCCAACUUUGGCGCUGUCAUUAUAUCCGAGGAAGGAACAGAGAACGUCGUCAGGACAGAAGGCAGCUGCGAAGCUCGAGUUCGUCAUCGCAGGAGUGUCCAUCAGAGAGCGCAGCGAAAGUACAGCCGCGACCCGUUCCUGAAGGAGUGUUGCUCGCUGGGCCUGAAGCGCGACAGGGUGGGCCGUCGGUGCCGUACGCGGGCCCACAUCGUGCGGCGCUACAUCGAGGGAACCAAGGGCGAGCAGUGCGCCCAGGCCUUCGAGGACUGCUGCCUCAGCGCCACCAGCAGGCCCACUGGCGCCGCAAGUACGGACUUCGAGCCGCCGUUCAGCUUCCCAGACCCGGACGACCCCGACAGGACGAGGUCGGGCGUCGAGUUCACCGUGGACGAGACCUUCGACGAAGUGGACGGCGACGAAUCUCCUGAAACAUUGAUACGCAGGGACUUCAGGGAGACGUGGCUGUUCGACGAGCAGGUCAUAGGGCCGAACGGCGUGGCUGAUUUCGCGGUCAGCCUACCGCACAGCAUCACCACGUGGUCGGUUCAGGCGGUCAGCGUCUCCCCGGCCGGGGGUGUUUGCGUGCCUAAAGCUCAGGAGGUGCGCGUCUUCCAGCCCAUCUUCCUGCAGGUGGCACUCCCGUACAAGGUGGUUCGCAACGAGCAAAUUGAGGUGCUUGUCACGGUCUACAAUUACGGCGCUGAAUCGCUGAGGGGCAACGUCUACAUCUACGGCGUAGAAGGUCUGUGCACGGGGGCACUGCCGGGAGAGCGUUCGGAGCGUCGUCCCGUGGUGGUGGAAGCCAACUCCGCGUCCAGCGUCACCUUUCCCGUCGUCCCGCUCAAGGAAGGGCUGUUCACCAUCAAGAUCUACGUGAAAAGUUCGAGGGGCGAGGAUGUCGUCGAGAAGGAGCUGAACGUUGUGCCGGAAGGGGUGACGGUGGAGAAAAGCGUCUCCGUGCCAAUCGACCCUGCGAACGUUCGCAGAAGAAGAACGCGGAGCGUCCGGGGCGAGCUUUACCAAGAUUCCUUGGAUCCUGGCGCAAACCUGCAAGUUAUCUCCGUUAACACGCGGUUGCCCCCGGACGCUAUUCCGGAUACGAAGACCUGUUCGUUGUCUGUCAUAGGGAAUCAGAUGGGGCCCUCUGUUCAGACGACGCUUGAGAACAUCGAGACUCUUAUCACGAUGCCCACGGGAUGUGGCGAGCAGAACAUGAUGCUCAUGGCACCGACGCUGUACGCCCUCGAGUACCUGAAGCAGAACAACUUGGUCGACGAACCGCUGGAAGAGAAGGGAUACCGCUACAUCCGAGAAGGUUACCAGCGGGAACUUUCAUUCCGCAAGAUGGAUGGAUCGUUUUCCGCUUUCACGCACAGAAAAAGCAGCGUCUGGUUAACCGCAUUCGUCAUGCGCAUCUUCUGCAAGGCGAGGCGAUACGCAAGCAUCGAUCCCACCGUCAUUGAGAGCGGCAUGCUCUGGCUGGCGGCGGCGCAGAAGUUAGACGGCAGCUUCGUGGAACAGAAGCCCAUCAUGCACAAGGUCAUGCUGGGUGGUGUUCGUGGUUCCGUGCCCAUGACUGCGUUUGUGUUGCUCCCUUUCUUCGAGUGCAUGCAUCCUCCCAGCGGUGUAGCACAGGACAAGCACAACGUCUUCUCUUCCAACUCUAAAACGAUGUGGCGGCGUUCAAUUUCAAACUACACAAGCGACCUAUCCACCAUGGCUGGCCUUCCUGGACUACCAACAAUGUUUGAAAUGGAAGGCGUGCCGGAGUUUGACAUGAGCGAUGAUAACGUGUGGCCCGAUUGGAUGGAUGCUGUCGAAGACGACUCGCCCGAGCCCGUCAUGGACGAGACGGGUCACGAGUCUCAAGCUUACUUCCAGAUACUGGCGCGGACCGUAGAGCUGGCCGUCAAGUACCUCCGGGAGAACGCGUUCGACAACGACGAGCCCUACGUUGCGGCCGUUGUGGCGUACGCGCUCAGCCAAGCCAACGACACAGAGAAGCACGCCGCCCUGUCGGCCCUCAAGGACAGGCUCGUCUACGAUCCCAUGCUGAGCACGAGGAGUACGGGCACCGAGGCGAGCCCGCUCGUCGUGGAAGGCACCAGCUACGCGCUGCUGGCCAUGCUCGCCCACAACGAGCUCGAGACGGCCAAGACGAUAGUCAACUGGCUCAACACGCACCGUUCGGCGUCCGGGUCGUUCGCCUCGACGCAGGACACCGUAGUUGCACUUCAGGCGUUGACGGAAUUUUCACUGAAAUCCCGUGAACCGAAUGUCGACCUCACGUGCAAUGUCACGCUUAGCAGCCAGCGAAACUUCCAGAGAAGCCUCCGGCUCAAGCGGGACAACGCUGCCAUACUCCAACAGCUCGACAUUCGUGAUGUCACUGGAAAAAUGUUCGUAAAAGCCAGUGGCACCGGUAGUGGGCUGCUUUCCGUCAAACUGAAGUACAACGUACUGGUGCCGCCGGAGUUACUGUGCAAGUUCAACAUAACGGUUCACGCUGACAUCCACAAAUCAAGGGAGAGCAGCGCCAAGACGAUUGACGAUUUCCCCCCAGACCUGAUCAACGAUUUGCUAGGCGGCGAUAGGAGACGCCGGUCAAUCUCGUCUUGGUUCCGAGGUUGGAGCGGGAAACCGUCUACGCCGUCUCCGUUUCACUUCGAGCCGCUGCCAGUCAGGUCGUCAUAUCCCGACUCUCGAAGCAGAGACUCCCCGGCGAGCCCCUUCUUCCCUGAAGAGACCGGAGGGUUCUUGGGUGGAAACAGCGACACCGCCACUCUCCCCGUGGAUGGACCACCGCAAAGCAAGCUUACGUACGACAUAGAAGUUUGCUCCCGCUACAUCGGCGGAGAUGAUUCCAACAUGGCAGUAAUCGAAGUGGGCCUCUUCAGCGGAUUCGAGCCGAUUGAAAAAGACUUGGAAGCGGCCAGGAAUGAAAACCCACUUUUCGCAAAGUACGAAAUGACCGAGAAAAACGUCAUACUCUACUUCGACAAGAUACUGUGGCAAUCGCCGACGUGCGUGAAAUUCAGGAUAGUGCGCCAGCAUAUCGUGUACAACGUUCAAUCGGCAGUUGUCAAAGUCUACGACUACUACAACCCAAUGCACUCCUGCACGCAAUUCUACGGCCCCGGUUCGACAAGCCCUCUGCUCAAGCUCGUAUGCGAAGGAAAACACUGCGAAUGCACCGCAGCUCACUGCCCGAGGAAAGAGCCCUUUAUGGACGUCGAAAGGGCCGGGACAAUAUUCAAGAAGCGAGAGAAGUUGCGAGAACUCGUCUGCCAGCAACAUGAUUUCGUGUGGAUUGGAACAGUGUUCUCGAACACCGUCAUCAACGGCUACAGGCACAUCACCUUUCGCGUGGACACGGUUAUCAAGGAAGGUGCGGAGAACAGUGCGUCGGCCAUGACGGGCACCAAGCUGUUCGUGGCGAGAGCGCUGUGCACCUCGGCGGACCUCAUCGAGGGAGUGCGCUACUUCGUGUUCGGCCGAGACAGCGAGCCGUUCGAGAAAGACGGCGAGACAGUGAUGAAGUACACCUUCGACAAGGAUGUGCGCGUCUUCAGCAUUCACGGAUACUCGUCGUCAACGAGGGCAACGAAAAUGUACUCCGUUCUCCAGUGGCUCACGUCGGGAUUUGAGAGACAAGGGGGCUGUCAUGCGUAGCCAAGCCGUGUCCUUGAAUCGCACGCUAUACUGCCUCCUACCUACGACGAGGAUUUGGCGAUGGCGCUCAUGCGAUUACUGUGCAAAACCACUCGGAAAGAUUGCGGAGGUCAGCUAUGUCCUCAGCCAGCAUCGUAAUUGUUAGUGAAUACUCAGUGCCAUUUUGUGUCACAGCGAGAAAUGUCUAGUAAUUUCAGGGCCUUCCUACUUAAUGUGCGAUACUUAAGCAUAGUAAGACGCGGCACGCGAUACCAUGGCCUGCUUUUCCAGACACUGUCGCUCCGACUUUUGGAACUCGUUGAAUGCUGUUUGUGAUUAUCAGUAUAAGUAGCUGUGUGACAGAUCGUUCAAAGAAUCGUACCUUGUUUCAAACCACUGCUUACCAGUAUAGAUAAAGCGGAGCAGUUCUGCAAAAUGUACGGAAGAACAAAAGAGGGAAGAGAACGUAUCAAUCAAACUAACUUGCACAUCUCAGCUGAUUUCAUAAACUGAUGUGGCCGAUAAGAAACAUUAGGUGGACAAUCUAUAAAACAGGUCCACUUGACAGGUCUUGUCUAAUUCGGGCCUUAAUGAGUACCGUCAAAUGCUAAUAACGCCCCCUUUGUUCCUUACGCACACCAUGAUGUACUAGAUGUGUGAUGAAUGUCACGCUCGAAAGUGCGCACAAAUUGCAGUCUAUGGUAAUUAGCUUCCGUAAUUCUGCUGCUGCAGUAAACAAAAAUCGCCGAGAUUACAUGUUUGUAGGCAUCAGAAAAAGAAAGCUAGUCGAAAGGUUUUCAUAUUCGAUCAUAAACACACUGAUGAAAUUCUGUCUUCAUAGCUUUCACAAAAGUCACCUUUGUGCCAACACGAUGCGCUGGUAAAAGUCUUAGACGCUUAUUACAUAUGUACGAUGAACUCUUUUGGUUCAGUUUUCUUGUAGCAUUCAAAAUACGAAAAGUUCUCUUAAUUGAUAUAACGUGCACCUGACUAAAUACUCUUAACACAAAUACUUCAGUCUUAGCACGCAUUUAUCAGUGCUAAACUACGCACUCGAAACUGGCACCUGUUCUUGCUGAAGUGGCUUCAUUUGCACUUAACUUGCUGUUACCAAGAGUUAAGAGUGUAAUGCAGUGGUAAAGAAUAACUGAGUAAUAAGGGAGGGCAAAAAACAAUGCUGCAUUGCACAGUAAUAGAGAACCUAAUAAGCAUUCACCUGAUCACGGUGCCAUUUUCGCAAAUUCGGCGGGUCGAAUGUGCAGAACUGUUUACAAACAGGUCAACGCUGAUUUAAUUUAAGCAUUACAGUAAAGUACCACACGCAGGAAACGGGUUUUCAACCUUCCACUAACGUGACUCGUAGAGCAUGAAUGCACGUAUUCUGCAGGGAGCAGGUCGAAAGAAAUGCUACAAUAAGUCGGCUAAAAUUUGUCAUUGCGCCAGAUACAUGUGUGGGUAGUAGUAGGUGAAACUGUCAGUUGCCAGUCCCUAUGUGUAAAUUAGCAAGUUCAUACGAAUUUUUGGAGUUACUUGAUCAAGUGACCUGCGUAGUGGGGCCAACGCUGUGUUUUCACGGCAUCAUAUAUACCUCGCGGAGUUACUUAAUGAAGUUGCCAUCGUGGCGUAGCCAAUAUAGUGAAGUGCUUUCAGGUCAAAAGACUGGUCACAUAGUCAGCGAAGUGCAGCUACAUUCACCAAAAUAAAGCAUGUACGUCUGUGCUUUGCCAGAAAAAAUACUUUUUUUUUCGGCCACUGUACAAAUGAAGAGAUAAUAAAUAUGAAAUUGUAAGUUAUGA